UUUAGGUGUGUUUUGGGCGCAUUCCAUGACUGUUAAAGAAGUCAGGUGUAGAACGGCGGAGCUCACAUAUUUGUACAAUGUUUUCCACGUGUUCUUGACGAGGGUCAAAGAUCGAUACUGAUACAGAGCGGAGGGACAUGUCGUGCAUGGACUCCUGCUUUCCCAUCAACACUCGAACUUCACUCAUCGAUCGAUGCCAUAGAUAUGCAGAACAAAUGCUGUAGACAUGCCCAGUUACGUAACUGCAUCAUAUUUCUCAUUAACCCAAGAUUUCUGGUACACGCAUUUGUUUACGUACAGUUGUAACCAAGAGGCAGUCACGACAACAGAUACAGAUGCACAGACGAACCCGUGGAAGCGACUUUACUAAUGCGUGUAAACAGGCAACAAAUUACACGGCCACAAACACUCCCAAAAAGAAUUUUCGUAGGUGGUCACAGCAAACUGUUGCAGAGAUAUCAUCGGCUCCGACAAGGCGAAACAGACGUAAAAGCACCACAGUCGAGACCCUCACUGACCCUCCCGCGAAAAAAAUGGGACUCUAUCUGAAGUUAACCAAUGACACUGAGUCAGAGUCAUAGCUUGCAACACGGUGGCUACGCCAGCGGUACUUAACACCCAUUUUUCAGGCGAGAGAGAAGAGAAGUCACGCAAAAUCUACACAGAGGCGCACCUACAAGGGAUGAAUAAUAUAUCGUACAGUAGUUUGCCUUUUCAGAGGCAGGUAAUGUGACUACCCUAGUAUAUCGCAGUCAUGUCUGUUGACACCUGUUCUUACAUGCAUGCAGACAAAUAACCAAAGGUGUAACGUGAACACGUGUGGUUAGACAAUCCUGUGCAACAGGAAAAUCAGCAACCUGUCAGAGCAAUUUCUGAGUAACCACAGGAGCAUGAUCGUUAAUAUGAAGCUGCUUUGAAGCCGCACUUGCCUUCAAACAGACAGUCUGAUCAUAAUUAAUUGCCAGUCCACCAUUGGCAAAGCGGACCUUCACCUGACCUAGUUUGGACUAACGAGCUACGCUAUCUUCUGUCUUGGUUCUGUCCGGAGCUAUCCGUAUAUGAAGCGACUCCCAUAACUUUGCUAUCCCUUUCUACCGCCUGAAGUGAAACGGGAAACUAGCUGCGAGUUUGAGCGUCCGGUGAUAGAACUACCGCCGGAGCGGACAAACAGUCUUGACCGACAAGAUUAGAAACAGAAUUGACAACAGCGUGGACGUUUUGGGAGAUGGCGUGAUCUUACUCUGUAUACCGUUAUACUUUACAUACGUGCUCUCACGCUUUGAAGCACAACUCGGCAUUCUUCUUCACUGGCAUCCUUCGGGCGGGGAGCAGACAAAAAAGUGGAACGUAAACGAAGUGAUAACGGCUGUUUUCACCGGUGUCACCCAUGGACACACCUCCGAAGCACCGCGGCUUAAAACAGCGCGUCUGCUGGAGCAAACUGUUACGCCGUUACUGCAUACCGAGCUUGUAUCGUUGCCGUCAUUGCGUGCCCUCCGCUCUUUUGUCCUUCGUUUAGAGUGGAUUUCAAAUUUGAUACGUAUUUAGACUUCCAUGCUUUCCUGAAGAAAGUUGACCGUGUGUUGAAAAAAAAUGCAGCUGACCGGGUUUCUCCCUACAUUCCGUCACAGUUGACUUCCCCUUUGUGGGACGCAGUGGGGCUUGAGAACGACCCUCCCGAAAAAGACGAGACACGAAACCGGUCUACACUGCAGACUAGGAGACCCUUCGUGUGCUGUUGGAAUGGUAAUGUGCUGGAAUCACAAAUUUUUUCCCGUGUUGCCCCACGUCGACUAGUCCCAACUCUGCUGUCCUUCCUUUUUCAAACCGUACACAGGGGCUUGCAAGCCUGUCCCUGGUUACGGACGGCCUGUUUUUGCGGGCUCAGAGUGUCAUCUCUUUCUCCGUUGCGCUCUUUUCCUUGCAAGAUGGCGUCUGUAGACAGUCAGUCCAUUUUGCCUGGCCGACUGACUGGGGCGAGGAUGGAAAAAGUAGCAGUCGUCCACAGGAAAAGUACGCAACGGCUCUUUUUCCAAGCAAAACUCACACUGCACCCUCAUGGCUCACAUCUUCUUCCUCUCUUUACGUUCGUCAUGAUGAUGGCGAUUUCUUCUCUCCUGUUCGACAGCUUCUCUGCAAAUCCGACAUCAAUGACAGUGGCAGAUGCAUCUCCUUGGUAUGACGAUAUGGAUGAUGCAGGAGGUGACGAAAACUAUAAUACGCGGCUUUCAUCGGGUAUGGGUGAUGACAGUGUAGAGUCACGAUAUGAGCCCGUGAGCGGUGACAGUAGUGCUAACUCACCCUUUGGGAACUUCCGGAUAGACUUUCGAGCAGGCACAGGCAAGAUGGCUGGCCGAAGACGAGGGCACCGAAGAGUAUCUCCUGCCGCGCGCGGCAGGGCGAUCCUGCGUCGAAUGAGGAUCGAACUGAUAACUCUCGUGACUCUGUAA